CCUAUAAUCGCUGAGUCGUUAAUACAAAGUAUAAAUCGCAAGUUAAAAUUGCGGAUGAAUACUCGAUAAAUGAUCGUUAUGUAACUCGGUAGAUCGUUCGUUGAUACUCGUAGAUACUGUUAGAUACUCGGUAUGUACUCUCAUGUUCGCGAUCGUGUCCGUUUACUUAUACCGGUCGGGGGAGAGCCGAAAAAUUUGAAUUCGAAUUUGCUUGACAGUUGCACGUAACGGCGUUGUUGUUUUGUAACGGCGUUGUUGUUUUGUAACGGCGUUGUUGUUUUGUAACGUCGUUGUAACGAUGUUGUUUUGCCCGGAGUUUAUUUAUUAUUGUAUUAUGUGUAUCCUAACGAUUUUGAUACUCCGAGGCAAAACAACAACAUGAUUUACAUUGUCUUCUGACUUAUGUGCCGCUAUAUAUAUAUAUAAAUUUAUGAAUUUCUUGCUUUUAGUGGCAUGACUAAUUUGAUAUUUGGAGUUGGUAUAGGAUUGUUUCUUAUUUUAAUUCUUUGGGCUUUGGCUCUAUUAGUAUUUAUUAUUUCUUUAAAAAUUGAAAAGAAAAUUGGUACUCUUGCUAUACUUAUAGUUAGUAUAUGCACAAUCGUUUUACUUAUAUUGCCAAGGGCAUCAGAGAAAUCUAAUACCAGUGACAAAAAGAUACAUAAUUUGUUACAGAUAUAUGAUCAUCUGUUCAUCUGGCGUAUCUUAUUACUAAUAUUAUUAGUAAUAUCAUCUAUUAUUAGUUUAGUGGGAUAUGUAAAAUUUGAGAUAACAAAAUCUAUCAGACCAGUUCGAAUAACUAAUUGGAUCUUUUAAAAACCUGUAAAUUUACUAAUAAAACAGAAGUGGUUCUUACUAACUAUAUAAGAUAAUUGGAAAAGACUAGUUUAGCCUGAUCUU